CCAAAAGUAAAGACAUGUAUCCUAAAUUUCUAGACCGCAACUAUCCCCUGGCGAAGCAUCUGUUCUUCGUGACCAGAUACUCCUUUGGUCUGCUGGGCCUGAGCUUCGGCCAGAAGCAAUUGUCGUGGUGGCAACUGAUUUGGUUGGUCUUCAAUGUCAUAAAUCUGGCGCACUGCUGUCAGGCGGAGUUCGUCUUUGGCUGGAGCCAUCUGCGGACGAGUCCUGUGGAUGCCAUGGAUGCCUUCUGCCCGCUGGCCUGCAGCCUGACCACGCUCUUUAAGCUGUGCUGGAUGUGGUGGCGCUGUCAGGAGGUGGCUGCCUUGAUGGAGCGCAUCCGUCAGCUUAUUGGAGAGCAGGAGAAGAGGCGGGACAAGCGGCGAGAUGUGGCCCAAAGGAGCUGCUAUGUGAUGGUGACUAGAUGUGGCAUGAUGGUUUUCACACUGGGCAGCAUCAACACCUGCGCCUUUGUCCUGCGAUCCUUCUGGGAGAUGUAUGCACGUCGCCGGCAGGAGUUCAAAUUCGAUAUGCCCUUUCGAAUGCUAUUUCCGGAUUUUGCCCAUCGAAUGCCUUGGUUUCCAUUGUUCUAUCUGUACUCCACUUGGAGUGGUCAGGUCACAGUUUAUGCCUUUGCUGGCACCGAUGGUUUCUUCUUUGGCUUUACCCUCUAUGGCUUUCUGCUCCAGGCUCUGGAAUGGGAUAUUCAGGAUACCCUUAGGCCUAUUCAAGAUCCUUCACCUAGAGAUAGUGAAAUAUGCUGUCAUCGCUUGAUCGAUAUCGUGGAUCGUCAUAAUGAAAUCGAGAGAAUUGUCGAGCGUUUCUCGGUUCUCAUGGGAGCACCCACAUUUGUGCAUUUCCUGUCAGCCAGUCUAGUGAUAGCCACCAGUCUGAUAGACAUACUUCUGUAUUCCGGCUACAAUAUCAUUCGGUAUGUGGUAUACACAUUCACUGUUUGCUCAGCUAUAUUUCUCUACUGCUAUGGAGGCACAGAAAUGGCCACUAAGAGCCUUUCCUUAGGAGAAGCUGCCUAUAGCAGUGCCUGGUAUGAAUGGGAUCGGGAGACACGUCGUCGGGUAUUCCUGAUUAUCCUGCGAGCCCAACGACCCAUUACCGUCAAAGUUCCAUUCUUUGCUCCUUCCCUGCCAGUCUUCACUGCGGUUAUUAAAUUUACAGGUUCCAUUGUGGCGUUGGCCAAAACUAUAAUAUAA